GGCGCCACGGAAAUCGCCGUCCCAGGUCACAGUCUCUGUCCACUCGGAAGCAGGCAUGAGUGAGACGAAGUGCCCGCCAUCUGUGUGGCACUGGAAAUGAGGCCCAGGGAUGUGUGGGGCCUCUGCUUUUAUCUAGCCCGGCUUAGGGGAGCCCGGGGAGGGUAGGGGGUGAGAGGCGUGACCCUCUAAAGUCCAGACUGUCUUUGAAACUCUACCAUAAAUCUAAACCCUGGCACAGUCUAUGCAUCUGCUCGUCUCUCCAUCUGGAAUAUGGUCCCUCCCCUCCAGCCUCAACUUCCCAACCCGCGCGAUUGGGAGAGCAAAGGUGGGAAGCCAGACAGCGGGAUUCCCCACAAGAAGAUUGCUGGAGACCCUGAACCCAAACGGGAGGCCGGAUGCCCCUGGUCAGGAAGCAGCCCCAGCCCGGAUUUCCCUCUCGGGUGGGGCGGCCAUGACUCACUCUCUCCCCCUUCCCUAGUUUCCUUGUUUGCAUUUCUCCUCCUGGCCACGUGGCGGCGGGUGCAGCCUUUACUGCCCCUUACCCGGCGCCCGGGCUGAGACUGUGGCAUUCACCCCAAGGCACUUCCUACCCGCUGGGGCUUCGGGUCCGGAGCCUGAACUCACUGACGUAGUCCCGGGUAGAGACUCCAUCGACUGUGGGUCCGGCCCCUUCCCCUACAACCUGUCCUGCUGGGAACUGGCCCUUCGCUGCCGCCCGGGUGUCGCUCGCACCCACACCCCUCCAGGAUUCCAGGUUGGAGCUGCCCUGAAGCGCGCCUCUUGCUAGAGCGUGCACCGCUGUGUGAGCUGGAGAAGAAACAUGAAGGUCAGCUGGCCAGGUGAGAACCACUGGCAGGUGGGCCCAGCUGUGGUGGAGAGUCCAGCUGUGGGGGCACCGCAGGUGGGAAGUCUCCCUGACGUGGUUCCAGAGGGCACGCUGCUCAAUAUGGUGCUGAAAAGAAUGCACCGUCCCCGGUGCUGCUCUUACCAGCUGGUGUUCGAGCACAGGCGGCCCAGCUGCAUCCAGGGACUUCGCUGGACACCACUCACCAACAGUGAGGAGUCCCUGGACUUCAGUGUGAGCCUGGAGCAGGCCACCACAGAGCGCGUGCUCAAGGCAGGGAAGCUCCUCCACCGUCAUCUCCUGGCCACCUACCCUUCCCUCAUCCGAGACAGAAAAUACCAUCUCCGACUAUACCGGCAAUGCUGCUCUGGCCGGGAGCUGGUGGAUGUGAUCUUGUCUCUGGGGCUUGGCGUCCAUUCACGGAGCCAAGCUGUGGGUGUCUGCCAGGUGUUGCUGGAUGAGGGUGCCCUUUACCAUGUGAAACAUGACUGGACCUUCCAGGACCGAGAUGCCCAAUUCUAUAGGUUCCCUGGACCAGAGCCAGAACCUGCGGGAACUCAUGACGUGGAAGAGGAGCUUGUUGAGGCAAUGGCUCUACUCUCGCAGCGGGGGCCUGAUGCCUUACUCACCGUGGCCCUGCGGAAGCCCCCAGGUCAGCGGACAGAUGAAGAGCUGGACCUCAUCUUCGAAGAACUACUGCACAUCAAGGCAGUGGCCCACCUCUCCAACUCCGUGAAGCGGGAAUUAGCUGCCGUUCUGCUCUUUGAACCACACAGCAAGGCAGGAACUGUGUUGUUUAGCCAGGGGGACAAGGGCACCUCGUGGUACAUCAUCUGGAAGGGAUCCGUCAAUGUGGUGACCCACGGGAAGGGGCUGGUGACCACAUUGCAUGAGGGAGAUGACUUUGGACAGCUGGCUCUGGUGAACGACGCACCUCGGGCAGCCACCAUCAUCCUUCGGGAAAAUAACUGUCAUUUUCUGCGUGUGGACAAGCAGGACUUCAACCGCAUCAUCAAGGAUGUGGAAGCAAAAACCAUGAGGCUGGAAGAGCAUGGCAAAGUGGUACUGGUUCUGGAGAGAAGCUCUCAGGGCACUGGCCCUUCCCGCCCCCCAACCCCAGGCAGGAAUAGGUAUACAGUAAUGUCUGGCACCCCAGAGAAGAUCCUAGAACUCCUUUUGGAAGCUAUGCGACCAGAUUCCAGUGCUCAUGACCCAACAGAGACAUUCCUCAGUGACUUCCUGCUGACCCACAGUGUCUUCAUGCCCAGCACCCAGCUCUUCACUGCCCUCCUGCAUCACUUCCAUGUGGAGCCGGCAGAGUCUGCUGGAGGCAGCGAACAGGAACGAAGCACCUACGUCUGCAACAAAAGGCAGCAGAUUCUGCGGCUAGUCAGCCGGUGGGUGGCCCUGUACGGCCCCAUGCUCCACUCAGACCCCGUGGCCACCAGCUUCCUCCAGAAACUCUCAGACCUGGUGAGCAGGGAUGCCCGACUUAGCAACUUGCUGAGGGAACAGUGGCCAGAGAGGAGGCGGCAUCACAGGUUGGAGAAUGGCUGUGGGAAUGCAUCUCCUCAGAUCAAGGCCCGGAAUGCACCUGUUUGGCUCCCUGGCCAGGAGGAACCCCUCCCAAGCAGCACUGGUGGUGCCAUUCGAGUUGGGGACAAAGUCCCCUACGAUAUCUGCAGACCCGACCACUCGGUGCUGACUCUGCAGCUGCCUGUGACGGCCUCCGUGAGAGAGGUGAUGGCAGCUCUGGCCCAUGAGGACCACUGGACCAAGGGGCAGGUUCUGGUCAAGGUCAAUUCCGCAGGCGAUGUCGUUGGCCUGCAGCCAGAUGCCCGCGGUGUGGCCACAUCCCUGGGGCUCAACGAGCGGCUCUUUGUUGUGGACCCACAGGAAGUUCAUGAGCUGACCCCACACCCGGAGCAGCUGGGGCCCACUCUGGGUUCUUCUGAGAUGCUGGACCUAGUGAGUGCCAAGGACCUGGCAGGCCAGCUGACGGAGCUUGACUGGAGCCUCUUCAACAGGAUCCACCAGGUGGAGCUGAUCCACUAUGUGCUGGGGCCCCAGCAUCUGCGGGAUGUCACCACCGCAAACCUGGAGCGCUUUAUGCGCCGCUUCAAUGAGCUACAGUACUGGGUGGCCACUGAGCUCUGUCUCUGCUCCGUUCCUGGGCCCCGGGCUCAGCUGCUCCGGAAGUUCAUCAAGCUGGCGGCCCACCUCAAGGAGCAGAAGAAUCUCAACUCUUUCUUUGCGGUCAUGUUUGGCCUCAGCAACUCUGCCAUCAGCCGCCUGGCCCACACCUGGGAGCGUCUACCCCAUAAAGUACGGAAGCUGUACUCUGCCCUGGAGAGGCUGCUGGACCCAUCGUGGAACCACCGAGUAUAUCGGUUGGCACUCACCAAGCUCUCCCCUCCUGUCAUCCCCUUCAUGCCCCUGCUACUCAAAGACAUGACCUUCAUCCACGAGGGAAACCACACGCUCGUAGAGAACCUCAUCAACUUUGAGAAGAUGCGGAUGAUGGCCAGAGCCAUGCGGAUGCUCCACCACUGCCGGAGCCACAGCACGGUGCCUCUGUCACCACUCAGAAGCCGAGUUUCCCACAUCCACGAGGACAGCCAGGCAUCAAGGAUUUCCACAUGCUCUGAGCAGUCCCUGAGCACCCGGAGUCCAGCCAGCACCUGGGCUUACGUCCAGCAACUGAAGGUCAUUGACAACCAGCGGGAACUGUCCCGCCUCUCCCGGGAGCUGGAGCCAUAAGGAGGGAUAGGACGGAGCAGGCACUUCUCUCAGAGAAAGCCAGAGCCUGUGGGGCCCCCGAGAGGUCCAGAGGCCAGCCACAGCUGGGCAGGGCUCUCCGUGGAGCGGACUGAAGGCCCUGGAGUGGGCAGUCUAGAGGCAGCUGGCCCCUGUAAGGACUGUCAGCUAAGGAGAUCUUUGAUGUGGAACUGAGCUGGCCAUAAGGCCAAGGAAAAGGGGACAUGGAGGCCCUGGAGUGGGCAGGGGAGCUGGAAGGUGCAAGGACUCCGAGGUACAAUAGAAAGCUCUCCCACCAGGCUUUUUACGCCAUCUGUACAUACAGCUGUGCCGCCCAGUGGUCGCCAGGCCCCGCGCUUGUGUUUCACAGGGGUCAGAGAGCUCACAUCUGCAGCAUGUGUGUGCACUGGGUGGGGUCUUGCCUAGGAGAGGGUGGGGGAGUUUGGCUUUUCUCUCCACACAUCUGAGAUAAACAGCUGGGUCUAGGCAGGGCUGUGGCCUAGAGGGGUGGUCCCUGUGGAGCAGCCUUGUUCCCAUAAAUUAACAAAGAUAACGUGUGUUCUAUGGCCUGGGCGUGUGACAGGGAAAGCUGGUGGAGGAGGAAUUUGUUCCCUGGGUACAGAAAGCAGCCCCACCGCCUUGGGCUGGGCUCCAGGAAAGCCGACUGUUACCCAGAUGGGCUACGGUGCUGUCCUGUGCACUCUGGGGAUCAUCAGCUCUUUGCCAAAAAAGACUAUAAAAUCCAGAUGCAGCUAGCAUCCUCUACCUCCUUCUUCCCGGCUCUGCUCCCUCAUCUGCCCUUGAUCCUGUUGGGUGCUGUGUAUGCUGAGCAGAGGCCUCACAGGGGUGAGGGAAGAGACACAGGCAAAAGACAUGAAGGCAUAACUGCACCUGUCUAGGCAAAGUUUCAUGCUGGAAACUCCAUUCCAGGAUGCUGCCCUCUCUGCUCUCCUUGUUGGGAGCCUGGAAGCGCUAGGCCGACCUGAAAGAAACCCCACAGCCUCCACCAUGACCCUGAGUAAACUCCGGGGCAGCCAGGACUCUCAGGCAUCUGGAGGAGGUAUGUGCUUACAGAAGAAGGACCAGAGGCAGCUAGGGCAACCCCGAGCUCCUCCUCCUGCGGUGUAGCAGCCAGCUCAGACUUGACAUACUCCGCCUCCCCCUGGUCUCCAUACACUGCCAGACUCUUCAGCCGGAGGCCACAGAGGCUAUGUCAGCUGAUCCCAGGAGAGGUCCAAGCUGUUGGCAGGGAGACAGACAGCGAAGGGACAUCACCCCCAGGUCUAAUGAGCCUGAGCACACCAGUGUGCAUUCUUUGCCUUCAAUUUGCCCAGCUGGAAGGUGGGCAUGAUAGAGUCAUCAGUGACAAACAAGGCAGCAGCUCUCGCCUCCUUCAGAGUGACUGUCACAGUUCUGUGUCUGUGACCUCGGGGACAAGCUGCAUCUCCGGGAGUGGAAUCCAAGACAGCUCUCGGGUUAGAACCAACUGAUGGGAUGACCAAACCAGUUCUGUUUGCCCGUGGGCAGGGAGGGAGAAUCCGAGGGAAGCAUCCUGAGCUGAGCAGUCGUGAUCCGAGCCCAAGCCUCCGUGAGUCAGGAGUCCCUGAAGCUUUCUUGUCUCCUAAGCCCAAUUGUCAGUGUUUUUGGUGGAGGCCGUGCCAGUCAGUCUCGGCCCUUUGCCAUCUCCGCAGAUGAAACCAACCCAGCCUCCUUCACCUGCUUUCACUUCUCCUCCCUGGCCACACUUACCUUUGGGGCUCUAACAUCCUGGGCUCCGUAUGAGCCUUCCAACUGAGACAAGCUGCAGCUUCCAGCCAAUCUACCCCAGUCUGUACCUCUUUGACCCUGCUGGGAAAGAUUCUGGCAGGAGAACAAUGCCCUGGACACACAGGGGACACAGACUUGGGAGUGGAUGUAUGAGCCAGGUCACUGCCUAGGGCACAGGGGACUGAGGAAGAGUCCAGGCUCCUGGUGGCCAUCUCCUGAUGUUCAGGCAGAGGGUGGGAAGCUGCUCCUGCUCCCUGGCUUCCCAGACUGUGUGUAUAUGUGGGUGGUGGAGGCACCUGAGGCCAAAAUAGGAGGGGAAGAUCACAGGCUGCUUAAGAGAGACUGAACAGGGAGGGAGCCGGAGAUGUAGCCUUUAAAAAUCUUGUUACCUAAAGAGGUAGAACUGAGGUGCGCGUGUCUGUGUGCCUGUGUUUCUUGUGAGGGAAAGCAGCAUGGGUGGUCAUUGAGCAUGCCUGCGGCCCUCCCCUCUCCUGUAUGGUUCCCUGUAAGGGCUACAGCCAUGGGCUGGGCCAGGCUUGGACUUCACCAGGGGAGGCUGUGCUUCUCUAGCUGUGCGCAGUGCCUGGUGAGAGGACAGAGGGGUUGGAGCCAGCCCUCCCCUGUUCUUCAAGCCUUAGUGCCCAUCACAGAAGGAUUGGCACAAACCUGUGAGCCAGCGCAGAAUUCAGCUGGGUGGGAACAGGCCUGCUUCCACAGGGUUGUUGGCUCUGUGUCCCCAGCAGUCCUGAACUGAAGAACACUCACUCUGCUUCCCAGGUAGCAAAAAUUAGACAUUUUGAUGUUGCUGCUGCUGUCGGUAAGAUUUGUCAGGGUAAUAAUAGUUUGAGAUUUGAAUAGUGCCUCUGGCCUCUCUCCAUCACACUUUCACAUCUACGGUCUUAUUUUUAUCCUGAUGACAGAAUAGGAACUACAGGUUAUUAUUAUUUUUUUUUUACCUUGUUUCAUAGUCGGAGGAACUGAGGCAUGGAGAGAUUUGCCUAAGGUCACCUAACGGCUUAAUGACAGGGUGGCUGUGGCAAGUAACUGCAUAAGUAUCAGCCAUGUCCCCGGCAUGUCCAGUGUUACCUUCCUGGAUCCCAUUGUUUUCUGUAGGAGUAGCCCAGAUGUAGAGCCCUUUCUCCUGUCUCUGUUGCUAGGAUGUGGUUUUCAAGGCUGCAGUGGGGGCCUGUGAGUGGGGUCAGUUGCCCUUACCUUCGCAGAUCACUUCCCCAAAUCUAUCAGAAGAGGAACUUAGAGGGUAAUAAAAGCCCUAUACUGCCUAGUUUACCUCUCGCCCACCAGAAGACUUGAGGCCCAGAAUUGUUCUUGCAUGGAAACCCUCCCCACUCCAAUCAGCCUGCAGAGCCCUGCCUCUUGUCGAAGAUGCUCCCAGUUCACCACUAGUGGGAUCUGCCUGAAUUUCAGACAGGUGUGGCUGUUGGUGGCUGGUGCCAGCUCUGCUCUUGUUCAUAAGUCCCAUCUUCCACAUGUCCACAGACCUGAAAGCACAUAUGUAUUUUAAAGCUCUGCCCCAUAGACAAAGAGUUGGUCUCAUGUUUGCUGGGACUGUGGGCCUAUUCAACCAGACCUGUCUAUAGGCCAGUUGAUUCAGGGAUCCCUCGUUCAGAUCCUGGACCCUCCCCAUGAAUGGUAGUUCUUCCCUAGCCUAGUUUGGUGGCACCUGAGGCUGAAGGGCUUGCAACCCAGGGCGGUGGUUGUGUCCCUCGUACUGGUGAUGAAACUGAACUGUGGUGGGAAGCCACACUGGCUCAGCUGCUUAGGAGCACUUUCUCUCCCAGGCCUGAGGGGACUUCCUUGCAAGAGCCUUGAUAGGGCAGAAGGGGUGGAGGGAACACAGAGUGUGGGGCUUUGGGACCCUGGAAGCGGGAAGAUAGCUUGGUGUGCCGGGUGCUAAGGAUUCGGUUGCUGUACAGAUGGAGACGGGCCAGAAUGGCCCUCGGAUCAGUUGGUAGAAAUGGGUUGGGGGGUCUCAGAACAGUGACCACAUAAUUCAAAGUACUUGGCAAAGAGAAAACGGUAUACUUGCACAGAAGUGUGCAUAGCCCCACAUCAAGCUGUGAGCACUCUGAGUAAGAGUCCUGCUGGGUUUUUGUUCCCAGAAAGGGAUCCUGCACCUUUCUCUGAGAGACCAGAGCUCAGCUUCACAUUCUUUUUUUUUAAAAAGCCAAGACAGUUUUUUUAAAGAUUUAUUUAUUAUGUAUACAGUGUCCUGUCUGCAUGUUUGUUUACACACCAGAAGAGGGUAUUAGAUCUCAUUAUAGAUGGCAGUGAGCCACCAUGUGGUUGCUGGGAAUUGAACUCAGGUCCUCUGGAAGAGCCUUCAAUGCUCUUAACCUCUGAGCCAUCUCUCCAGCCCCCAGCCUCACAUUCUUACAUGAUCUGCUAACUUAAAAGUGAUGCUGUUGAUAAGCAAAGUGUCAUUUGUCUCCUGCAAGAUAUAGCGUUUAAAGAACUCUCAUCCUUUGCCACCUCUUAGGUAUUGUCAUUCCCCAAAGCCUGCAUUAGUGGACAGGUCCCCGAGUCUGCCUGUGUGCAGGGAUGGAUGACUGCUUGCUUGCUUUUCUACUCUUUGAUCGGGUUGUCUAGAGAAAGACUUAUUAUGUAGAUAUUUAGCCUAGGAACAUUCUAAUGAAUAUUUCCAGUGGUCACUUGGGGACAGAGUUGCUCCUAGGCAAUAGCAGUAGAGGGGUCCUGGGGCAAGGCCCAGGGUGUUACUUGGAGAGAUGGAGUGCUUCAGCAGCUCUGGGACUAACAGGAUGGGGUGGGGGUGGGGCAAGGCAGAGCCAGUCUCACCUGACUCUGCCAGGAAGACCUGAGAUGCACCCAGCAUCCUGCAAGGAGAGCCCGUGGGUGGAAAGGCCCCUGGUGGGCCUCUUGUGUCCUGUCUUCACACCAAGCAGCUGCAGGUGAAAACAGUCAGUGCUGCCACAGCAGUGUUAGGGACAUUGGACUUCUAAGGAGUAAGCAAUCGCUGCGGGCUGCACCUCAGAAGUCAGAAGGGAGGCUCUAACCAGGAGAGUUAGGCAGUGCGACUCACUGAAGGGCCAUUGAACCCGAACACCAAAUAUGUAGGGUCCUUGUUUUACAUUUAAAAUUUACAUUUAUUUUUUAAUACAUAUCAUGCUUUAUUUCUCUAUUUUAAGUCCCUCUCCUAUCUAUCUAUCCAUCCAUCUUCUGUCUUUCUGUCUGUCUAUCUAUCUAUCUAUCUAUCUAUCUAUCUAUCUAUCUAUCUAUCAUCUAUCUAUCUCUACCUCUCUCAAAAAGAGGUUUUCUCUAGUCAUCCUGUCUAAAUUGAGCCUCCUCUCACUUGAGACUAGGUCUCAUAUGUCCUAGACUGGCCUUGAACUUGAUACAUAGCUGAGGAUGAUUUCAAAUUUCUUUUAAGGAUUGAUUUGUUUGUGUGUUUAUUAUUUGUAUAUACAUCCACUUGUGUGAGUUUUGUGCCCAGAGGAACUCAUGGAGAUGAGAAGAGGUCAUCAGAUCCCCUGGAACUGGGGUGAGUCUUGGGCAGUUGUGAGGAUCCUGAACCAAGCCAAGGUCCUUUGCAAGAUCAGUAAGCGCUCUUUUUUUCUUUUUUUAAACAUUUUUCUUAGCAUACAUUAAUUAUACACAAUUGGUUUCAUUGUGGCAUUUUCAUUCAUAUAAUUUUUUUAAAAUCAUAAUCACCCCCAUUUCCUGGUCUUGUUCCCCUCUCAGUUCCACUAAGAACUUCUGAUUCUCCUGCGGCUGCCUCCAGAGUGCUGGGCUUGCAGGCACUCAGCUUAUGAAGUGCUUAGGGCAGGCUCUAGGACUCAUGUGCCUACCGAGCCUACAUUCUGGCCCCUACUUUAUUCUUUAAAUUUUACCUAACCUAGUUUUGUUACACACGAGGCACUGUUCUACAGGUUCAAGUAUUGAAGUCCCUCUGUCCUUAUGUCACCCUUGCCAGGGUCUCUUGCUUCCUUUAUUUUGUAUCUGUGAGGGAAACUGAGGACGGGAAGAUCAGGAAAGCUGAUGGCGAGAGGCGGCAGAGCUGGGAUCGCAGAGGUGUUUCAGCUUCGGGACCAGUGUCCUCGCACUGUGCCCCAGUGGCCCAAACCAGAGCUUCAGAUGUGAUUUCCCAGUGUCCUCCGUCUCUCAGAUGCCAGCUAGCUCACCUUGUAGCUGCUAUGCUGUGGCGUCUGGCACAGUGACACUUUAUUCUUACCAUCUGCUAGGAGCAUGAAUGAAUGAAUGAAUACAUGAGAGAGGCAAGAUUCUUUAUAACCUGACUCCCUAGCACAAUAAUCAUGGUCAUUUUAACAGAGUGAGUCUUCAUGUGUGGGUCAGGAACUGCUCCUGCCAGUCCUGUGUACCGUCACCAUCCUUAAGAAGCCAGAGCAGGUCUGCUGUGCCAACACACCUGGGGCAAGAAGCUGGUAAGGUGCCUCCUGCCAGCACCUGGCUCCUGGUCAGCCUAGGGCACAUCUGUUUCUCUCUUUGUCUCACCUUUGCUCACAGCCCUGCUGGCUCCUGAAGGCUCCUUAUCUCUGUCUGCCAGGCCCAUCCAUGUCUUUGUGUGUUGCUGAGCCUAGGUGCUUUCCAAAGCGGGUGGAGCCUGCAAUAGUAAUUUUACUUCAUCAUCAUUGUUGAGGAGCAGAAAAAAAACAUUGGCACAGUUGCCUACCAUUCUGCAAGUGUUUUAAGUAGGCAACUCAUUACUCUGGAACCCAAAAGAAUACGAAGCUAUGUCAUAAAUUUAGAAGCCAAUAGAAUCCUGGGUUCUGUCUAUCCCUAUGUUGACUGCUCCUUGAAGUCGUAGUGCCAAAACUAAUGCCCUGGUGGUGUGU